AUGAUACCUAUGCACACUGUGACUCGUACUAAUGGCCGAGCUCUGAUGAGGCGAUCAUUCACGGUACCUGCUCGGUCAACGAAGCAGCGUCUCGUCAUCUUGGGUUCGGGUUGGGGCGGCUACGGUAUUCUCCGAUCCAUUGAUACCAAGCGAUACGACGUCACCGUGGUCAGCCCGAGCAACUACUUCAACUUCACUCCUUUGCUCGCAAGCGCCGCAGUGGGCACGCUAGAGUUCAGAUGCGCAACGGAACCGGUCCGGCGAUUCACGCCACAAGUCGAGUACUACCAGGCGUGGUGCGACAACAUCAACUUUGCCAGUCAAUACCUGACAUGCAUGCCCGUGUCUCCUCCAUCAUUCGAGCCCAAGGAUCCGUCUGCGACCAACACAGCGCUUUCACCUGCUGCUAUGCACCCCGAUAAGGCUUUUCAAAUACCGUAUGAUAAGCUGGUCAUCGCCGUCGGCGCAUAUUCUCAAACCUUCAACAUCCCGGGCGUGAAGGAGCACGCCUUCUUCCUGAAAGACGUGAAAGACUCCCGUCGCAUACGUGCUCGCAUCAUGGACUGCUUCGAGCAAGCGGCCCAGCCCUACGUCACUGCGGAGGAGCGCCGUAACCUCCUACAUUUCUGCAUCGUGGGUGGCGGGCCAACCGGCGUCGAGUUCGCCGCGGAGUUAUACGAUCUCAUCCAGAAGGAUAUCUCGCGCUCGCUUCCAGAACUGCUUCCUUACGUACGCAUCUCCUUGUACGACGUCGCGAAACGUUUGCUCGGGUCCUUUGAUGCGGAGCUGGCCAAGUACGCCGAAGACAAGUAUAAGCGCCGCGGAAUUGAUCUGAAGAUGGGCCAUCAUGUCGAACGCGUCGAAGCUGGGAAGUUGCAUGUCAAGGAACAGGGUGUAGUACCAUUCGGCCUCCUUGUUUGGUCAACAGGACUGGCUCCCAACCCCCUCAUCUCAUCGAUCAGCGGCAGGCAAAAGGACUCCAGAUCACAAAGCUUGCUCACGGACGAACGUCUGAACAUCUUGAAGGAGAACGGAUCCUCUGAUCCUGACGUGUGGGCCAUUGGUGACGCCGCUAUGACGGUCAGCCAACCUCUACCAGCGACUGCCCAAGUUGCUAAUCAGAAGGCACGCUACCUUGUUCGCAAGCUGAACCGUAUGGGUAAGGGCAAACCCGCCAUGGAACCCUUUGAGUUCAAGAAUCAAGGCGCUCUAGCCUAUCUUGGUGCAAAGACGGCCAUCGUUGAUCGAAGCCAAGCAUCAUCGGGACCCAAGGCGUCCGGUUCGGGUGUCUUUGCGUGGCUGUUGUGGCGCUCCGCAUACUUCACCAUGACCGUGAGCAACCGCAACAAGAUUCUCAUACCGAUAUACUGGACUUUGACGAUGAUAUUGGGUAGAGACCUUACACGCUUCUAA